AUAAGAGGUAAUUUUAACGAGAAACAGAAAAAAAAUAUAUUAAAAUGAUGAACGUGAUUAACUAUUUCAUGUUGUGCUUGUAUGCAUUUUGAUGUUCAUUUGUUAUAAUAAGCACUAUUAAACGUUAGGGUGGCCGCUGAUUUUUUUUUCUCUAAUGGACAAGUAACACAAUACAUUGUGUAUUGUAUGUGUGUGUGUGCGUGUAUGGGUAUAUGUGUGUAUGAGCACUCAUGUUAUUGUGUAUAUGAAUGCGUGCUUUCAUAUAAAUGUGUACACAACUAUACACCCAAGCAAUCAUAAUGAUUGCUCAAUAAUGCUUCAAUGAUAAUAUUCAAUAAUAAUAUGUUUGGAUAGACACACACAAUUAAGCUUGCUCAUAUCUUAUAGUUUGUUGAAUGACAUUUAUAUUUUAUACUUAUGGAUCAUAUAUUGACAAUUGGGCAUCAUAUAUACUAUUUUUAAUUAGAUAAUAUAAUCGAAUUAAUGAGAGAUAUUAUAUCAUUACCAUGACUUCUAUAAUUUGAAUUAUAUUCCAUUGUUGCUAAGUCAAUGAUAUUUUAAGGAUAAAAUAUAUUCAUAAUUGAACAGGGAGAUUAAACCAUUGAUACAAAAAAAGUUCUCAUGGGUAUAUACCGGUAUUAUGUUAUACAAAAGUGUUUAUCCAUUUUAAUUUUGGUUAAUUUCAUUCAAUUACAAUAUAUUUAAUCUAAUGACUCAACCAAAAACUUCAGAUACAAACUGUGAUAAUCCAAUUAAUUCAGUCAAUCAAAAUCUUACUAACGAUUUUACUAUUAAUGAUAAUUUAUUUUUAUCAACAUCUGAAGAACAAAGAAAGUGUGAUUAUCCAUCACCUCAUUUUUUUGAACAUGAUUCAACAAGAUCCCAAAUAAUAUCCAGUCAAGAAUUAUCUAUUACAUCUCCAUCAUCAUCAUCUCCUCCUAUACUUGAACGUCAAUUGAGUAAAGAAUGUGUAAAAGAACAAAAAUCAGAAAUAGAUAAUAAAAAUUCAUUAUCACCUAUUACUUUUGGACUAUCAUUCAGUUCAUCAACGUCGAUUAACAAUCAGUUACAUUGUAUUCCUACAAAUGUUUGUUCAACAGUUGUUACAAGUGUUACAACGGUUACUUCUGUUCGACGUCCACGUCAUAAACCUGCAGAACGACGGGAAUUAUUAGAGUUAGCCGUAAAUGAUGUGUUAGGUUCUCAAAUAUCAAUGAGACGUGCUGCACAAAAGUAUAACUUAGCGAAAUCAUCACUAUGUGAUUAUGUUCGUAAAAAUGGAAUUAUAUUACCUAAUUUACGUUUUAAAUCUUAUCAAACUAUUCCAAGAUCAACAGCUACUGAUUUGGCUGUAUCAAGUAAAAAAGUUACCUUAUCAGGAAAUACAAAUCGUCAAACUUCGGCAUCGUGUAAACGUAGCGGUUCACCAAUAUCUGGUGAUACUUGUAUAUCAUCUAUGAGUCCUUUGCCAGCAAAAUUAUCAUGUGGUAUAACUCGUAAAGUGAAUAUUACUCGAACUAAGAAUAUAGAUAAUAAUAAUAAGCAACACUCGAAAAUAUCUGCAAGACCAGUUAUUCAAAUGGACAACUUAUCCCUCGGAGUAGAUAAUGACAGAACUGUUUCAUUAGCUAGUAAUUGUGACUUAAAUUGUAUUCGUUCACUUAUAUCAUCUGAAAAGACUAGUAUUGAUUCUUGUCCAAGUGAAUAUUGUUUAUCAAAUCAACAUCAUACAAAUAAUCAAAAUAAUCUAUUUAGUGUAUCCAACAUAUCUAAGUGUUUUACAAAUGUUAUCUCUUGUAAAUCAUCAAGUCGUGUUGAAAGUCCUUGGUAUAAUGCUGCUGGACUUCCUACUCAAGUACCUAUGCGUUCAUGGACAAAUACUAAUACAUUAAGUGGUUCAUUACAAAAUAUAAAUCAACAAGAACAACAAACAAUAAAUAUGAAAAAUACAUCAUCUUUUAUUCCAUCUAGUAAUAGUCUAUUUAAUAAUCAUCUACAUUCUAAUGUAGAAGAUUCAUUAAAUAAUAAUUUAUGUCUUAGUAAAUCAAAACUCAAUCAUUCCAAUGAUUCAAUAACAGAUUGUUUACAUGUUGCUAAUUAUUUAUUAUCUAAUGAAACGAAAUCACUUAAUGAUGAAAUAAAUAAUCGACAAACUGAUUGUUGUUGUCCAAUUAAUUCAAAUAGUAUUAAUAUAACUACCAAUUUUCCAGUUGAUUCUCCUAUUUCCCAAUUAUCAUCGGAAUAUGAUCGACGAAUAUUUUUAAACGAAGAAUCGGCCAAAUCUUGGAUUUUUAACAAUUCAAAUAGAAAUAUUAACGGAUUAUCAGAUUCGGAACAAUCAAGAUCAAUUUUAGAUAGUACACAAUCUCUUCGUAGUACAAACGAAUCAUCAUCUACAGGAGUUUCAUAUUCACCUCCUAAUAGUACUGUUAAUUUAGAUUCAUCAACGAAUUCAAGAUUUUUAACUACUCCACUUAGUUUAUCAUCAUCUAGUUGUCAGAUUUUUUCAGACGAAACUACAAAACUUCCUUUUAAAACUACUCAUUCUAGUUCAGAUAACACGGAUCAUAUUGGUAUACAAUCUGAAUCUGUGAGUAGUAAUAACACUGUUACUGAUCGUUUUUUGUCGAAUUCUACUACAGCAUCUGCAUUGUGUUCAUUUCUUGGUCUUAAUUCUAUAAAUUCUCACUUUUGUCAACCUUCAGCUUCAGUUUUUCAAUCUAAUUUAUUACCUAUUAAUCAAGCAGCUAUAGCUGCAUUAUUGUUGCAAUAUUCACGAGCUGCAGUUACUACUUCAACUGUUUCAGCUAAUUCUAUCAAUUCUACUAUAUCAAAUUAUACAAAUUGUCCUUCUGUUACUUCACCUCUCAAUUCUUCACAACUUCAAAAUCCAAUUGAUAUUGUACAAAAUCCAUUAGAUCAUUCAAAUCAAAUUCAUAAAUCAUUCAAUCAAACAACACAAUCAAUUCCUUCUAUACAUUUACCUUUCACUACAAAAAAUCAUUAUACAAAUUCGGAACUUAUAAAUUCAUUAAAUUUUUGUGAUCAACAAAUUAAUUUAUUAAAACAAUUUCCAAAGUUUUUAAUUGAAUCUAAUACUGGAACAGUGUCAUCACCAACUGAAUUCAUUAUUCCAUCACAUUUAACUAAUCAAUCUGCUGCUCAUUCAUUGAGGCAAUUGGCAAACACUUUAUUUUGGAGUUCACUUGGUUCUAAAGCUAUAGAUUUACUUUCAACAUUUGGACCGAGCAUAUUACAACCAUCAUCAUCAUCAUCAUCAGCAGCAACAGCAGUAGCAUCACAAGAACAACGGAUUAAUUCAGUAAAUUUAUCAAAUUCUUCAUCAAUUCAUACUAGCACAACAACUAUAACUCCAACAUCUAUAGCUGUAACAAAAAGUGGAAUAAAAGAUUUUCCUAUAAAUCUAUUGAAUAAUAAUAAUAAUAAUAUUGAUAAUCAAGUUAAUUGUUGUAGAAAUAUCGAAUCUAUCAAAGUUCAUCAACCGAUUACAUCAAUAUCAACAACAAAUAAUCCAUCUACUUUAUUAUUGAAUAGUGAUUUAUUAAGAAAUCAAUUAUUUUUACUUCAUUCCACUAAUUCUAACAUGUCACAUCAUGUACAAGGUCUUAUUAAUUUUAUAAAUAAAUCACCAACACCAUUCCAUGUUAUCCAAUCAGUGAGGACAUUUUUGGAUAAUCAUGGUUUUCGUGAGCUAUUCGAAGAAGAAUCUUGGAGUUUACGUCCUUUGGAUAAGGUUUAUAUAACGAAAAAUGAAUCAACUGUAAUCGCAGCCGCUGUUGGUGGUCGAUUCGAAUCAGGCAAUGGUUUUACUUUGCUUGGAGCACAUACAGAUAGUCCAUGUUUACGUUUAAAACCGAAUUCGGAACGAUUAAAAGAAGGAUAUAUUCAAUUAGGUGUUGAGACAUAUGGUGGUGGUCUUUGGUAUACAUGGUUUGAUAGAGAUUUAAAAUUGGCUGGACGUGUAAUUAUUCGUAAUGCUGAAGGACGUCUAGAACAACGCUUAGUGCAUAUUAAUAAUCCAAUUGCUUGUGUUCCUAGUUUAGCAAUACAUUUAAAUCAAGAAAUUAAAACUCAAGGUUUUCAUCCAAAUUCCGAACAACAUUUAUCUCCAAUACUGUGUACUAGUUUGAUGGAACAGCUUCAAAAUCCAACUGCUCAAACUGCCAAUACUACUGAAUGUGGAAAUGAUUCAACAAAUACGUGUUAUAACAUAUGUCCUAUUUCAUCAUUAUCUAAUAGAAAUCGUCAUCCACCAGCUUUGUUACGUUUAUUAAGUGAAGAAACAGGUGUUAGUGAACAACAAAUUGUGGAACUGGAACUUUGUUUUGCUGAUGCACAGCCUGCUUGCGUUGGUGGCUUGUACAAAGAAUUUAUUCAUGCACCUCGUUUAGAUAAUUUGUUUAAUUCUUAUGCUGGUCUUCAUGGUUUCAUUGAAUCUCUUCCAACUUUGUCCUCUGAGUGUAAUAUACGUUUAUUAUGCUUAUUUGAUCAUGAAGAAGUUGGAUCUACAUCAGCUCAAGGUGCAGAUUCAGGCUAUACUUUGUCUGUUAUUCGUCGACUUAAUAAAGCAUUUGAAAUGUGCAAUUUAUCUGAAACACUUACGCCAACUAACAAUACAACUACAUCACAAUGUACAAAAUGUAAUUUAGAUUUACAUUUUGAAAAAUCAUUAGCUAAAUCUUUUCUUGUAUCAGCUGAUCAAGCUCAUGCAGUUCAUCCAUCAUGGGGUGAACGACAUGAAUGUUAUCAUAAACCUCAAUUUCACAGUGGUGUCGUAUUAAAAUAUAAUGUUUCACAGCGUUAUGCUACGAAUAGCCUUACUGCAGCGGUUGUUCGUGAAAUUGCACAUUUGUCUAAUGUUCCAGUUCAGGAAUUUGUUUCCAAACAAGAUAUACAUUGUGGUUCUACAAUAGGACCAUUAUUAUCAUCACAAUUAGGUAUACCUACAGUGGAUUUAGGAUUUCCUCAAUUAGCUAUGCAUUCAUGUAGAGAAUUAUGUUGUUCAACUAGUAUUGAACAAGCAGUACGUUUUUUUUCAUCAUAUUAUCAACAUUUAUCAAAAAUUUGGUGUAAUCAUCAAUCAUAUCAUAAUGAUAAUAAACAAUUAAAUCAAUCCUCUCAUCAUAUUUAUUUAUAAAAAUUGAAUGAUUUAAGAGCAAAUUAUGUAAUGAAUUGUUGAUUCAUUGAUCGUUUUGAUUACAAAUGGGGGUGGGGUGAGGUGGGUUAUGACUGGUUGGAUUGGGGUUUCAAAUCGUAUCGACGCACACAGAUACACAUACACACAUAGAGACACACACACAUUUAUAAAUACAUAUUCAAACUAUUAAACAUUUUUUUGAUUAUGAUCGAAAGGAAGCUUCACUUAUUUCUUGAUACAAAUCUUUUUUUAUCCAUUAAAGAUUUAAGAAAAUUGUUUUGUAGGUUGUUUAUUCUUUCUAUUCUUAUUGUUUUCAAGUCAUGUUUGUUUGUUUCUUUUUCUUCUUCUUCUUCUUCUUCCUCCUUCUCCUCCUCCUCCUUUUCUUCUUCUUCUUCCUCCGUGAAAGAUACCGUUUUCUGUUUUGUUUUGUUUCGGUCUGUGGAAAUUUCCAAGUCUUCUUGUGUAGUCCGCUCGUAUUCAGUUUCCUCUUUUUUUUCUUCUUAUUUCCAUGUUUAUCAAGUUCAUCUGUUUUCCUUUUGAUGAAUAAAGUUUUCCUUUCUUCACAGUUAUUCAAACUCUAUGAAGGUAUUUACUGGACAGACUUUUCUUCUUCUUCUUCUUCUUGUUUUUAUACAUUACCAUAACAUUCUUUGUUAACUUAUCCGUUAUUUCUUAUGUUCACAGUUAUAUUUGUCAAUAGUUAGUUUAACUUUAUUAUUCAUUCCUUCAUUCAUUGUAUGAAGUACCUGAAGUGAAUAUUUGAUACAUAAGAAUAUGAAUUAUUAUAUAUAUCUUCUUCUUUACUAAUGAAUUACCCCUAUUCAACCAUUAAUGAAUAAAACAUCUUCAGAUACUUAUCUGUUUGUUUAUUCACUAUCCUCAUUCAUAAAAUAUCUUCAUGUAUUCAUAUUGUAUUUGUGUCAGGUUGGUUGUUUUUUUUUGUGUACAUGAAUUACUAUCUCUUUCUUAUUCUUAAACUAUAUACACAGUUUGUUUUUCGAUGUUGUUAACAAAUCAAAUUUUAAGAAUUUCUAUGUAUAUCUAUUAUUGGAAUAAAGUUUUUGUUGUUGUCGUUGGUUA